AUGUUGAAGGUUCAUGAACAUGCCAUUUCCAGUGGGACCAAUGGAACUAGUAGGACGAAGCCCAUGAAACGAAGUGAUUUCCCAAAUGAUUUUUACUUUGGAGCCGCAUCAUCUGCUUAUCAGUAUGAAGGUGCCGCAACUGAGGGUGGUAAAGGAGUAAGCAACUGGGACCACCACACUCAUAGAAAUCCUGAUAAGAUAAAGGAUGGCAAGAAUGGAGAUGUGGCCGUAGAUUUUUAUCAUCUAUACCUGGAAGAUGUGGCUUUGAUGGCGGAGUUGCGUUUGAAUGGUUUCAGAUUAUCGAUUGCAUGGACCAGAAUAAUACCAACUGGGAAGAAAAGUAAUGGAGUGAAUGAGGAAGGCAUCCAGUAUUACAAAAAACUCAUCAAAGUGCUUCAUGGAAAAGGGAUUGAGCCUUUUGUGACUCUUUUUCACUGGGAUGUUCCUCAAGCCCUCGAAGAUGAGUAUGGUGGUUUCUUGAAUUCUAAAAUCAUUGAUGAUUUUCGAGACUUUGCAAACAUUUGCUUUGAUCAAUUUGGGUACGAUGUGAGGCAUUGGAUCACCUUGAACGAGCCAUUUGAAUUCACCAGUUUUGGAUAUGUUGAUGGCACCUCUCCUGGCAAUGUUGAGGAUCUUGGGACAAACCCAUAUACAGUAGGCCACAACCUGCUCCGUGCUCAUGCAGCCGUAGUGGAUCUCUACAGGAACAACUACCAGAAAUCCCAACGGGGAAAGAUUGGAAUUACAUUGAGUAUUAAGAGUAUGGUUCCUUUAUCCAGUAAAUUUACUGAUGUUGAAGCUGCUGCAAGAGCUAAUGAUUUUCAAUUUGGAUGGUUUAUGGAUCCUGUAACCUUUGGAGACUAUCCAAGCAGUAUGCAACUUCUUGUCAGGGACCGGCUGCCAAAGUUUUCUCCAAAGGAAUCUCACAUGUUGAAAGGGUCAUACGACUUCCUUGGAGUGAACUAUUAUACUGCAAAAUAUGUUACUCAUGCCCCUUACUCUCCUCUGGGUAAUUAUUCCACCGAUGGUUGCUACAAAAUCUUGAGUAAGGGGUGUGGGUUUGUUCUAAAUUCAAAUUUUACAGCUAAGAACUCGAGAGCAUAUCGCAAACAAGGAGUCCCGAUUGGUCCACCGACUGGUUCAGACUGGAUCCAUGUCUAUGCGAGAGGGAUACAAGAUGUUCUACUUAGCAUAAAGGAGAAAUAUAAUGGCCCCGUUAUUUACAUCACUGAGAAUGGAAUUGCACAACACAGCUCAUUGACAGUGGAUGAAUCUCUCAAUGAUGUUCAGAGAAAACAAGCCCUCAACGACCAUCUAUUUUACAUUAAGUGUGCCAUGGAUGCUGGUGUAGAUGUGAAGGGAUACUUUGUGUGGUCUUUGUUGGAUAACUUUGAAUGGCGUUUGGGUUAUACAGAACGCUUUGGUAUUUACUACGUAAACUUCAAUAAUGAAAACUUGCAGAGAAUUCCAAAGAAGUCAGCCAAAUGGUUUAGAAAAUUUCUCUCUCACUAAUAAAGAGUGAAUACUG